AUGGUCAAGACAGACCAGACGGCGAUUGACAGAGGCUACGCAGAAGGAGUCUACGCCCUCCGCGACACCGAGUACAUCCACUUGAACCACCAUAUAGUCAUGCCGCUGAGCUGUGGGAUGGUCGGCUACAAGGCUCUGGUUGGCCCUGCACCCGGCCCAGAGGGAGGGAUUCCGGAGUGGCGGAUAGAACUGGCGAUCGGCGAAGCGACGAUGCAGAGGGCGCUUCGUUCCGCACGCGAGCGGGCCACGGAUAUCAUGACCCCUCUUUUGCAGGCCGGGCUGCCCGGAGGGCGCCCGCCACUGCGAAGCAUGAAGAUGGACGCGUCGACGCCCGGGGCUUCGGACCUUGACUGGCCGAACUUCCGAGCUCAGAAGAAGGAGGGGGGGAACGACAGAAAACCUGCAAAACUUGCUGCGGACCAUGUCCCAGUCAGCGUCGAACCCGAAGGACCGAAGAGGUCAAGGAGCGUCAUCCGCCGCGGUGGUCAUGAGCUCAUGCUCGCCGAAGCGGCCAGGAAUUGGCGCGAAUGCCAAUCGGGUGGGAGACGCUCUGGCUGGGGCAACAUCGGGCAUGGCGGCUUCGAUCGCUCGUUCGCGGCUAGCUGUCGGGCAUGCUUCGAGUUCCCCGACGGGAUGCUCAGCGAUCAACGGCCUGACCCCAGAGACGGGGCGCCCGAGUUCCAGCCGCCGCGGCUGCCGCAGGAGGCCUUCAUCUCCAUGCGCCGCAAGUGCGCGCGGGCCUCGCCCGCGGCGGCUCUGGUACGUUCCGAGUUGGAUGGCAAUUUCCCGACAUUUCUUCAGCAGAAUGGGGUGUCACUGGCUUUCAAUGGCACUGCCAAUCCGACUUUUCUCGACCUCGACCUUUCCAUCCUGAAGGGGGCGUACUUUGCCGCUCUGAGCCCGAGGCAUGUCGAGGCUCACCCGCGCUGGAUGCUGCCAUCGGAUCAGAUUUUCACGGACCGAUUAGCUCGCGUGACAUGUUUGUUCUAUGACUGGCGCCUCGCUAUGCUGCAGGUCGCCCCCAUCCUGCAUGCGGGGUGGAUUGGCUUCCUGGGGCCGGGUCGACAGAUCCUGAACAACGUCUCUGAGGACAGGUUGGACGUCGUCCUGUGGCAGGGCGUCAAGGAGCCCCCCACCUGGGAAGAUAACAUAUGCCUCGUCUGUCUGGGGCACAAGGCCCGCUUCGGCACGACGGCCCGCGGCGUGUGCCACGAAGAGAUUUUCUACGAGGCGCCCCGGUGGCAGCCCAAUCGUCUCCGGCCUGCAGUUGAUUGGCGACAUGUCGGGAUGCAUAAGGAGUGGCCCCGGCAAUCUGCCGCCGCGCUCCAUGAACUGAGCGGCAGGAGAAGCCGCCAGAAAAGGGCCAGAGCGACUCAAAUGCAGAAUUCUGAUAGAACACAGGGUCGCUGGCAAGAGAACUGGAGUAAAGACACUCCAAAAACAGCGUUGAAGGGCUGGUACUCCGCAAUGGCGGGGAAGACGGCCACGUCGUCGGAGGAAAGGUCCGCGUUCGCCUGGGACCCGUCGUCACCGACGGACAUGCGCCUUGCCCAUGGCAACAGGGUGCGCGAGGGAAAAGGACACACAUUGGCGCGCAGAUGGCUACACUAUCAGGAGUGCCGCCGCCAGCAGCCCACCGGCAAUAAUGCCGCUUGCCCGUCAUGGAAAUGGUUGGCAUACCUGCCUCGCCACGUCGACUUGACCGACAAGGGAGCGGACAUGGGCAUCCUCAACAUUUCGGCUGGGGGCACCACGGACCCUGACGCCCGUGAGAAGUUCGUGCCCAGCAUGGGAUGGGGCGCCUGGUGCACCGACAACCGAGAACUCGCAACGUACUUUGCUGCCGCCGAAGAGCCUGAGGAGCAUCAUCCCGCUGGAGACGUCUCUACCUGUGCGGCGAGGAUCCGCGAGUUGUGGUUCGACCCGCCGGACUUCUGCGUCUAUGACCCUGACUCCCCUUCGCAGAAGGCGAGGUGGAUGCCGGAGCAGGUCUACAGACUGGCCAUUAAGCUCACCAAGGACAUCGCGUGGACCGAACUUGACCCGGAGACCGCGGAUGAGGACGCCAUGUGGACUCAUCUUGCGGAGGUCGGCCAGUGCCGAGCUAGCUUGGUGAAUGAAGUCCACCUCCUCAAAGCUCAUCGUGACAUGCUGGACCUGGUCUACCGCGACAUGCGCCUGAAUCGGGCAGAUGCGCCGCCUAUCUCGACCGACGCCCGCGAGAUCGAGGCGCGCAAGCAGUGCCUGCAGCAAUCGGGGGCCAGAGCGCUCAGGCGCGGAUUGCGCAGGACGCCAGACACCUUCCAGCGCGCCGCGGUCCGGAGGUGGCCGCUGCACGUUCACGAGGCAGCUGUUCAUGCCCUCGCCCAUUUGGGGGCAGCACGGAGCGACGCCGCGGAGACGGACAGGGGCAAGCGUGCCCGCGCAGAGGCGGGCGACCGCGCAGCGCCCCCGCCUUCGGCGAAGGCGCGGUCAUGCCGCUACACGGACGUGCGCGAGCCGGUCCGUAGCGGCGCAGCUCCUUCCAGAUCCCAGCGCAGCCAGCCCGGCUCCAGCCCGCGCCCCUGGCACGAUCGGAGGCGCAGCCAGCCCCCCGACGCUGGCGCCUGGAGCGCGUGGAGGGGCUCCUCCCGCCGGGCCGGGAGCAAGGGGGCGGGCAAGGGAGACCGCGGCAAGGGCGGUCGCGAUAGCUGGGGAGACCGCCGCGGCGACGGCUGGGACUGGCCCUGGCGUCGCAGCGACGGCUGGGGCCGGUGGAAGCACCAUGGGCCCAUGGCGCUAUGGUGGCUGAACCGGUUCAGGGCGCUCUGGGGGUCCUUCGUGGUCCCGGCUCGACCUGGCUCCGCAUCUGGCGGGGCAUCCGGCCGGCUUGCCGUGGUGCUCGACGUGGACGAGUGCUUGGUACACAGCACGGACUGGGCGGACGCCGGCGGCGCGGCGGACGGCUUCCGCCAGGCCGAGGCGGUUCGCCCGGACCGGGCAGACGCCGGUGGGGUGGACAGCUUCCGCCUUUCGGUGGCCAGCGGCUCCGACCACUGCACAGUGCUCAAACGCGCGGGCCUGGACGAGUUUCUGCGGGAGUGUGCCGAGCUGUUCGACGUGUUCACAUUCACCGCCGGGACUCGGCCGUACGCUGAGCCGCUGCUGGACAGGCUGGACCCAGAGCACAGCCUGAUCAAGGGCCGCUUCUACAGGACUGACUGCCGGGAGGUGCGCGUUCCUGGGCGCGGCUACCAGUACUUGAAGGACCUCGCCGCCGUCACUGGCGACAUGCGGCGGGUGGUGCUGGACAACAACCCCAUGUCCUUCCUCUGCCAGCCGCAAAACGGGAUCCCGAUCGCGGACUUCGUCGGAGGCGGGCCCGACGGCGAGCUGGCCCGGGUGCUGGCGCUGCUGCGGCGCCUGGACGCGGAGGACGACGUGCGGCCGGUGCUCGACGGCAUGUUCGCCCUCGAGGGCAAGCUGGCCUCGCUGCGCCGGGAGUUCCUCGGGGCGCCCGCCCCUGUCGGCGGCGCGGGGUCGGCGGGCUUCGUCGACUGA